AUGACCAGCCAGGCAAAGUUGCGAGUCUGCCGCACAACCGUGGUGAUCUUAUGUAGCAGUCUGGCUUUGACUUUCUUCUUCUUGAGUUCCAAUGUCUUCGGGAUGAUGGCGAGCAAAGUUCACUUGCCGAACUUGCUUUCUGAGUCUCUUGGCAAAGUGGGCCAUGUCUGCAACGGUUCUGUUGAAAGCUCCAAGGGGAAUUGGCGUCCAUUCAACAGUUCUUCUUCUUCGGACUCUUUUCGGGCUCCAGUGUAUCCGCUGUACGACCUGUGGACUGCAUGUGGUGACGAAAGCAGGCGGUUCUUAAAGUAUGAACGCAAGGACGACUGCACUGUUUUGGACUCAAUGGAAGCUGCUUCCCGCCUUGGCAACCGCUCGAUUUAUUUUGUUGGUGACAGCCUGACUGGAGAGCUCUUCUACAGCAUUCGAUGGCUGAGGCGCCGUGUGAUUGUCUACAACAGCCUGUGGGUACAGCCAUCCUUCGGGACUGCAGUGACGGCACUGUCCUGUUCGCAAGGAUGGGAAGGAACCUACGAAACUAACAAUUGGCUACUCGAUUCCUUACGGAGGUAUGCGGGUUGGGAAAAGAGCAGGAAAGCUGCAAGAGAAACAUGCGGGAUGGUACUUCUCCAAGAUGCUUGCACACAUUGUGGCUUGCCCACAAUAUGGCGAACACUGGCUUCGGCGCCGCCACGGGAGAGUGACGUGCUCGUGGUGAAUUUGGGCACAUGGUACAACAUGGGUCCCGUGGAAGAGCUUGAGCACUUGCUGUCAUUCUUGGACACCUUGAAGUUUCCUGAAGAGCUGAGCGGUUUGAAGCUGACAAGCUGGAUCAGACAUCAGCUUCACCUGGCCAACUUCAACACAGUUGACAAAUGCGGAGGAAGACGGUUGCGACAACAACCUCGAAUGACGUGUUCAAAGCAUGGCCUUUUGGCGGUGGACUAUGUGCAAGGUCUUUUUGCUUUGGCAGAAUCUUUCCUCGAGCACAGGGACCUCUUGCCCAAAAACAUUUUUUGGGUGGACACGCCACCAAACCACUUCGCUGACAACAGCACGCCUGAAAAGCCUGUCCCAGGCUGCUUCCCGCAUGGCCAGUCACCUGCUUCGAGGCUCAUCAAGCAGUGGAGAAAUCGCAUCGCUCAACGUCUUUUGCCUGCGUUGCUUCCUUCAGCUUUCCGCAUCCACGGUGCCGAGAUCCUGUUGGAUUGGUGGAAUGAGUCCCACUGGAGCCCUUCAGACUGUGUACAUUUCUGCCAGGGAACGCAAGGCUGGAAUGAACAUGUGGCAAAUGUCCUCACAACGAUUGUGAACAAUUUGCCGCCAGAUACGAACACCAUGCCUUUCGCCCAGCCUGCCCAAGAUGACCCGCGCAUGAGGUUGGUGGCUGCGGUGGACCGCUUCUCUUCAAGCGGACGAAUGUCCUUGUAUACGAUCAUAGCCUCGUGUUCCAUUGGCCUGCUCACGUUUACGGCGUUUUGUCUCCGACUUUGGAUCCAAGUGUGCUGCACAAGACACAGGGUGUCCGUUUCCCAGAACGGCUUCCAGAGUGCCUGCGUUGGUUAA